AUAUUAUUAUCCAUACCAUAUCCACCCUUUCAAUUUCAAAUCAAAUCCUUCUCUUCUUAAAAAAAAAUAUGGCUACCGGUCCUCUGCCUCCUCCAAUAACCUCUUCUCUCAUCUCCUCCUCCUCAAACAGCCAUUCUACUUCUUCUUCACGUUCAAAACUGCCCCCACUUCUCUCGCCUUCUCCAUUGCCUCGUCAUAAUUAUCAGCAGCAGGCACAGAGUAAAAAACGAAGAGAAUUGUUGUUGAAAGGAGGACUUGGUCUGCUUCCUCUUGCUCUGGUUGAGUCAAUAUUAAAAGAGCCACUUACUCUGCCUUCAGCAGAAGCUAAGGAGGCGGUGGUGGGCUCCUUCCUCCCACCCUCACCUUCCGACCCUUCCUUCGUUCUCUUCAAAGCCUCUGCUAAAGACACUCCCGCUCUUCGCGCAGGAAAUGUGCAGCCUUACCAGUUCAUUAUUCCCCCAACCUGGAAACAGAUGCGUGUGGCAAACAUUUUAUCUGGUAAUUACUGCCAGCCAAAGUGUGCAGAGCCCUGGGUGGAGGUAAAAUUUGAAGACGAAAAACAGGGAAAACUUCAGGUUGUGGCUUCACCUUUGAUACGCCUGACAAAUAAACCCAACGCAACAAUUGAAGAUAUUGGCAACCCUGAGAAGGUGAUUGCUUCUCUUGGCCCUUUUGUUACAGGAAACACAUAUGAUCCAGAUGAGCUUCUUGAGACGACAGUUGAAAAGCGCGGCGAUCUGACGGUACAAUCUUUCUUGGCCAUCCAGCUUGUCAUCGUCUUAUACUCUCAUUUUUCCUCCAUGUUUUCCUCAUCACAUUGUAUACUACAAGUAUGCGCUGGAGACCCCGUUUGCUCUUACAGGUUCUCACAAUCUUGCAAAGGCAACAGCCAAGGGAAACACUGUUGUAUUAUUUGUGGUAAGUGCAAGUGACAAGCAAUGGCAAGCUUCUCAGAAGACUCUAAAAGCCAUGCUUGAUUCCUUUCAAGUGUAGUUCACUGCUGAAUGAAAGGGAAAAGAAAAUUAUUUUGGCUUUUGGAAGCACUGUUCUAUUAUUUUCAUAGAGCUACAAUACAAGAGGCUGCAUUUACACGCAAUUGAGUUCCUCUCUGGGCUUUUAGCCCUUUAUUCAGCUUUAGGCCAUCU